AUGUCCUCCAACUCCGGCCAAGGCCAAGGCCAGGGAACGCUGGAUAUGUGGCUCUCCAAGAAACCAUCAUCCAAGCCCGCCGCUUCUACCUCUGAGCAGCCAUCUUCAUCAUCAACACCAGCUUCAUCAUCGUCUCAACCUUCUCGUUCAUGGCGCAACAGGCGCAAAGACCCUUGGAGGCAAGGCGCCGGGCUCGCCGCCGUCGCCAAGGAGACGCGAACAGUUCUCCCCGACAUUCUCAAUGGGUUGCCCGACAUCGAGGCCAGCAAAUCCGAGGCGCUCUACUACGAAACUCUUCAACCGCUCAAGGCUGCUGAAUGUCCCAAGCGCACACCUUCAGGAACAGCAACUAUCAAGAUCGUCAACGAUGACUCUUUCAAUGCCGCCAUCGACCUCGCUUCUUCAAAGGAUCCCUCAUCUGGCCGCGUCGCAGUCUUGAAUAUGGCCAGCAAUGUGAGCCCAGGCGGAGGAUGGCUAAAGGGAGCGCGCGCCCAGGAGGAAGCCCUUUGUUAUCGCAGCUCGCUGUAUCUGUCCCUACAUCGACGAUACUACCCAUGGAAGCAGCGCAUGGGUGUCUACAGCCCAGAUGUUGUCAUCAUUCGCUCUGAUCAGGAUUCCGGGCACAAACUCCUCAUGCCUGAUGUUGACGUUGAGAACCUUCCCAUCGUCAGCGUACUGAGCAUUGCCGCUCUGCGCACGCCACCUGUUGCCAGAGCCGCGGAGAAGCAACCCGACGGCUCAUAUAUCGACAGGCUCGUCUUUGCGAACCCCGCAGAUCGUGAUAUGACGAAGAUCAAGAUGAGAAUAUGUUUGCGAAUGGCGGCGAGACGGAAUCAUGGGCUACUCGUGCUUGGUGCCCUGGGAUGCGGUGCGUUCAGGAAUCCGCCGAAGGAAGUGGCUCACUGUUGGUUGGAGGUUCUGCAGGAGCCAGAGUUCCAAGGCGGUUGGUGGGAGGAGGUGUGGUUUGCCGUGUUUGAUCGAAGAAACGAAGGAAACCUCGAGGUAUUCGAAGAGGUGCUUGGCGGCGUGGAGGUCUGA